UUCCAUUGGCCCCUGCUGCUAAGCCUUCGCCCUCCAAACGCCGUUGCUCAGAUGAGAACGCACUCAACGUGGCCCAGGCCGAAAAUGUCCACCGCACACACACAAACACUCCUCUGACCACAGACCCCAUCGUCGACAGGAAGCCUCCCAUCGCCCCCACAAGCGUGUCUCCAGCCUUCUCCUUGGCCAAGGAGAGACCGGCCCCCACUCCUACAGCCACCUGGGGGGAGCCCGAGCACCUGGUCGUAGCCCCCCAGCCAGCCCCAGAGCCGGAGAGAGUGGCCAUACGGCCCCAAGAGGAGGCCCCCAGGGGCCGGGACAUGGAGAUGAAGCCCACAGCGCCCCUGCUGGAGAGGGAGAGGCAGAGCGUGAUGGACAACGCUGCCCCGACUACGUCCGGUAUGAGGGCCCGACUGCAGAAACUGGCCGCCCAGAGGACCAACUGGGAUGGCGAGGGUUCUUCUGAUGUGGUCGUCAUGGAUGCAUCGCCCCAUAAGUCCCAGCGUUACGACGUGCCCCCUGCCCCCGCCCCCAGCCUCCGGCACUCCCGUGGCAGAAAGGGCCGCUUGGCCAACCUGGCCGCCACCAUCGGGUCGUGGGAGGACGAUCUGAGCCACGCUUCGGGACGCAAAGACAAUGCACAAGGGGCACCAGCGAAGCCUGGCACUGGGACUGGCUCUGGGAAUGGCUCCAGUGGUGCCCGCGGUGCCCCUCCCACCAGUGCCGCGGCUCAGCAAAGCACAGCUGCUAGCAAGCAAACCCCCACAGCACGCCAGCCUCCAGUGUACUCUCCGGUUAAGUCCAACCGUGUGGUGUUGCCGAGCGCCCAGCACACAGAGGCUCCGGAGCCCCGUCCUGCUCAGCCCACGUCCCGCGCUCUCCCCUCCCCCGUCUCCAGCCCCCAGAAGACCCCGCUCUCCAGGGGAGCUAUCCCAGCCAGCCCCCAGAAAACACUCUCCUCCCUGGGCUCCGCAUCUGCACGGAGCCCCCUUAAGUCCCAGGGCUUGUACCGGGAGCAGGACGCAGGAAAGGGGUCGAUUGGUGCCAGUCCCCAGAAGCCAGGCUUGCCCUCCAAACCCACCCCUGCAGCUGGUGCUACUGCUGAUGCCUCCCAGGCGCAUGCCAGGGAGAGGAGCACCCGAGAUGCCACCCCUGCCCAGCCCAAGGGCACUGCAGGGACACCAGGAGUGAAGUCCUUCCUGGAGCGCUUUGGUGAGCGGUGCCAGGAGCUGAACACUAAGAGCUCCCCGUCAGUGGCCAAGGGGAACUCCACCCCCAGCGCCACCCCGUCUGCCACCCCCACAUCACGCCUGGUCCAGGAGAGGCUCAACAAGAUCCAGGGCUCCACCACCUGCGCUGAUCUGACCCAGAAGCAGAAGAUGGAGCGAGAGAUGGAGCUGGCGCAGAUACGCAGUCGAUUUCAGAAGGGCAACACAUCAGCGAACAAAUCAGAACGAGUCAAGGAGAAGGUUGAUCCCCAGCUGAAGGAGAGAGAAGUCAGCGAUGAGCAUUUGGCGCCCUCUGGUGGUGAUUUGAGCGCCACCACUGAGACCAGAACAGCAGAGAGACACACAAAGCCCCCCACCACUGUAACUCCAAGCCCACUGAAGAAAGUAGAUAUGUCAGCCGAGAAGAUGGCACAUGAGUUCAAGGAAGUUGAGAAAAAUGAGAGACGUGAGGAAGAGGAGGAACAGAAGGACGAAGAGGAAGUGACAGAGAAGGAAAUGAACGUGGACGGCUCCAUCAACUCUGCGGUGAUAAACAAUCUGUUUGAUGGAGUCCUGGAGGACAGCAACGAGCCGAGCGCUGAUGAAGAUGAUGAUGAUGAUGACGACGAGGGUGGGCUGAAUAUCUCGUCCAUGUCUCUGCUGACCCCACUGGCGGAGACCGUGGCUGCAGUGGUCAAGAGCCCCGAGAGGAAAUUCAUAACGUCCACCCCCGCCAGCUCCUUCCUGGAGAAGAGCAGCACCCCAGACAGCUCCUCCAGGCUCAGCAAGUUCCAGAAGGCCCGUAUACUGAAGGCCGGUUCCUCAGACAGCCUGGAGAAUACAGAUGGAGAACAGAACCUACUUUACAGCAUUGACGCCUACAGGUCAACUCGCGUGAAGACUGAGACGGAGAGGCCGCACGUGAAGCAGGUGAUCGUCAGGAAGGAGGACGUAUCCCAGAGGGCCGAGCAGCAGCAGGCCCGUGCCGCCAGCCACGUCAGCAUCAAGCAGAGGAUGAAG